AUGUCUUCUGCGCCUACUUCCAACCUCCUCGUUGAUUACGUCUCCGCUGCUGUUCAGUGGCGCUGCCCCUAUGAUGACUCCAUCCGACACCUUGAACAAGUUUCUUUGCGCAUCGUAUUCGAUGAAUCUGGAAAAGCCGCCCACUUCAAACUCCGUAUCCCCGCAUCCUUCAAGUCUCUACGCAAGACGCACAUCUUUCUCUCCUACGCCCCGGAUUGCGUAGCCGAACUACACUAUACACAAGCCCCAGAUUUACCCGAGCCCAUCAAGGAACUCAUGUCUAGCCCGGACUCCAUCGCUAGUCUUCGUAUCGCCCUGGUGCAACCCACUGGAGUCCUCGUCCCCUCAGAAACAUCGCUCACGCCACGCAACAAGAAGUUCGGCGACGUACUCGAAUCAGUUCAGUCCCUUUCUCAUUCCACAGGUUACACCAUAUUUUUCCCUGUCGAUGACGAUUCCUUCCACAAACGAGCAUCAUCGCUAUGCUCCAGCAUCGGCUCGCUCUCUCCCAUCCCUAGCGAACUCGAUAACGCUAGCCUCUACAACGGCCGCGGUGCUCUCGUCCUCAAGGACUGCAACUUCGGCCUCAGCUCCUCCACUGCCCCGCCUCAAGUGGCCGAAAGCCCCCCGUCGUACGACGAGCUUGGAGAGUUGCCGGAGCCAUCACGACCUCCAGCCGUAAAGAAACUGAAGGCCAAAGAAGAACCGUGGGCUCAGGCACUGCGCGAGCUUCGGCGAGAGCUGAACAGUGACAUGGACGCACGACUAGAGAAGCUGCACGAGCGCGUACAGACGCAGCUGCGCGACGUUGGCGAGCGACUGGAACGGCGCUUGGACGAGCAGAUGGAUGACGUACGGCAACAGAUGCGGCAGGAGAUGAAACAGCAGCUGGAUGAGUUAGAGGAGCGGGUAGAGGAGGUAAGAGACGAGAUCGAUGACAUCGUGGACGUGAGACUGGACGACCAGAUCGACGGUGCGAAAGCAGAUCUGAAGGAUUUUGUAAGAGAUCAGGUCAAGGAUGCAGGGGAAGAUGUCAAAAGGGAGUUAGAAGGAGUGAGAUUAUCUAUAAGUUAUGAUUAA